AUGGACGACCACGCAAAACCCCUCGACGACGCCGUCAACAAGGACGACUUGGGGAACGCCAUAGCUCCUAUUCCCAGCAACACCCUUGGAUCGAUAGCGGAGUUCAAGACCGGGGGACUAAGCGACGUUGAGCAAAACUUGAAGGUCAUCGAAGAGGCCGUAGAAGCUAUCGGGUUUGGAAAGUUUCACUGGCAGCUGACAAUGUCCUGCGGCUUUGGCUUCCUUGCCGAUCAGAUGCUCCUCGUCUCGAUCUCUCUUGUCGGUCCUCAACUCACACCCGAAUUCGCACCUACCUAUCCGACCCUCCUCCCAGCCUCGAAUUAUGCAGGACUCCUCGUCGGUGCUGUCGCAAUGGGUCUGUUGGCCGAUAAUAUUGGUCGCCGACUCGUGUGGCAGCUUUCCAUUUUUGGGAUAUCGAUUAGCACGAUGCUCGCGGCAUCGUCGCCUAAUUGGGCGGCUAUCAAUGCCUGGGUUGCGAUUUGCGGAUUUUUCGGCGGUGGAAACCUUGCCAUUGACUUGACGAUUCUAGCCGAAAAUAUUCCACGACGAUGGUCCUUCAUGUUAGCCGGUCUUGCGUGUGUCUGGGGUCUCGGAAACUCCAUCACAGGAUUCCUCGGAUGGGGACUCCUCGUCGAUUUUGGCUGCCCACAGUAUGCGACCCCCUCCACCUGUCCCACAUCGGCAAAUAUGGGCUGGCGAUACCUCUACAUUACUCUCGGCGGCCUCUGUCUUAUCAUGUCCAUAAUCCGCGCCGUGGUAAUCCGCACACAUGAAUCACCCCGCUGGCUUGUCUCUUGUGGACGCUUCGAUGAAGCUGUCGAGGUUGUAAAUCGAAUCAGUGCGAUGAAUGGGUCUGAGUAUACAGUUACUGUUGCACAGUUUAUUAGAGAAUCAAGACAACAAGGAAAUGAAGGGGGGAUCGUGGCAAAUCAUGGCGAAGAAGACGCUGUUGCAAAGACUCAGUCCCUUGGUGAGAACCUACGCCGUGCGGCGAGGCUGUUUGAAGGCUGGGCGCAGGUGCGGUUGAUGAUCUGUCUAACUUUGCUGUGGGUGCUGGUUGGCAUAGCAUAUCCCCUAUUCACUCUCUUCCUACCCUACUACCUCCGAGCCCACGGCGCAGACCUGGGCGACUCGAGCAACUACAACACCUACCGCGAUUGGGCCAUCACUUCGGUUGUCGGCAUCUUCGGUCCAGCCCUCAGCAUGUGGAUGGUCUCCAACAACUGGCUCCGGAGCCGCAAGUCCCUCGUUCUGACGGGUGCCGCGUGCGCUGCCUUCUCAGCUGCCUUUACGUCUGUCAAAACCCAGUCUCAGAACCUGGCGUUUUCGUGUAUGAUUAGCUUCUGGCUGAAUGCCAUGUAUGCCAUUAUUUACGCAUAUACGCCACAGGCGUUGAGUGUGGAGAAUCGAGGAUUGGGAAAUGGGUUGCUCAUGGCUGUCGGACGGCUUGCAUCUCUAUCUUCGCCGUUCAUUGCAACUUUUGCUGACGUUAGUACCCCGGCUCCUAUCUGGGUGGCUUGUGGUUGCUUUGCGAUGAUUGGGAUAGUCGGCUUGGUGCUGCCGGUUGACACUGUUGCCUACAAUCUCGUUGAAUAA